UCGAUCUACCCCCCCCCCCCCUUUCUCUCUCUCUUUACUCCAUAUCCCAUACCACUUGAACAAAAAUAUUCAGAUACAUAUGGAAAUGCAAAUGGAGGAAACAACAUUGAGAAGUGAGAGAUCAGAAGACAUAGCAUCAUACAAGGAUGCUGGCCUUGAAUCAGCGAGUGGUUCUUCGAGGAAAUCGGUGGAGUUGGAUAUGGCGACAAUCUUGGGGAGAAAAGUUAGCAUCAGUAGAAGGGGCGGCCUUCGAUCCAAGUCGAGGAGUGCUCAAAUUAGAGGCGAUAUAGAUGAGGUGAUCAAUGGAGUAAAUGGGAGCUCUAUUGAAGAUGUUGGGGCCACCGUUAGCAGAGCCUCGAGUGCGAGCUUGGGCCUCUCCUUCUGUCUCUCUGGAAUUGCCAUGCCUCCUGAUAAUAUAUUAUCAGAUAUAGGGAGACUCAAUAGAAGUGAUUAUGUGCAGGAGGAAGUAACUGAGGAAACAGGGUCAGAUUGGGAGAAGGAUCUUGAAUCCGGCAACCACAAUAAGAUAAAAUCAGAGCCGACUUAUCCCAUCUCCCUUAAGUUUACUGAUGUGAAAUACCAGGUAGGGAAGAAUGGAGGGGAAGAAAAAUACAUACUCCAUGGCGUGACAGGGUCAGCGCAACCCGGAGAGGUUUUAGCUUUGAUGGGACCAUCAGGCGGUGGUAAAACCACUCUUCUCAAUCUCCUAAGUGGGAGGGUAGAGAAGAUUGUUCCUAGAGGAACAAUUACUUAUAAUGACCUGCCCUACUCCAAGUCCCUUAAGCGCAGGAUCGGGUUCGUGUUGCAAGAUGAUAUUGUCUUUUCUCAUCUCACAGUGAAAGAGACCCUCACUUACGCUGCCCUUCUUCGUCUUCCCAGGACCUUGUCUAAGCAGCAAAAAGAAGAGAGAGCCAUGGAUGUCAUCAUGAAACUUGGACUCGAGAGGUGCCAAGAUACAUUGAUUGGAGGGGCAUUCACUAGAGGAAUUUCAGGUGGGGAGAGGAAGAGGGUAUGUAUAGGCAAUGAGAUUCUUCUUAACCCUUCUCUUCUCUUCCUAGAUGAACCUACAUCAGGGUUAGACUCCACCACUGCUCUAAGGAUCAUCCAAAUACUGCAUGACAUAGCAGAGGCUGGGAAAACGGUGGUCAUCACAAUUCAUCAGCCAUCAAGCAGACUAUUUCACAAAUUUGAUAAGUUGAUCCUUUUGGGUAAGGGAAGCUUACUUUAUUCAGGGAAGGCAUUGGAAGCAAUGGUGUAUUUCAACUCCAUUGGGUGUUCUCCUCUUAUAGCAAUGAAUCCAGCGGAGUUUCUAAUCGACCUAGCAAAUGGAAACAUAAAUGAUAAGUCAAUACCCUCGGAAUUAGAGGAUAAAGUUCUGCUUGAAAGCUCUCGAGUGGAAAUAGUCGAUGCAAAGCCAUCACCAUCAGAUGUCCAUGAGUACCUAGUUGAAGCCUAUGAAACCCGAGUGGCAGACUGUGAGAAGAAAAAGGUUCUAAAACCAGCACAGACGGACGAUGACUGGAACAAUUCGCACGCAGUAUUACGAUCAAGGGAAUGGCGUGCAAGUUGGUGGCAGCAGUUCACGAUCCUUUUUUGUAGAAGCCUAAAACAAAGACGCCAUGACCAUCUCAGUUGGAUGAGAGUGACCCAAGUUUUGUCAACUGCUAUUAUACUGGGAUUAUUAUGGUGGCAUUCUGACAACUCUAGUACCAAAGAAGUACAAGAUCAGGCUGGCUUGCUUUUCUUCAUCGCUGUAUUCUGGGGCUUCUUUCCUGUAUUUACUGCCAUCUUCACAUUUCCCCAAGAAAGAGCCAUGUUAGCCAAAGAGAGAGCAGUGGACACGUACAAAUUGAGUGCAUACUUCAUGGCCAGAAUCACAAGUGAUUUGCCUCUCGAUAUGAUCUUGCCUGUAAUAUUCUUGUUAAUUGUGUACUUCAUGGUGGGCUUAAAAGCUAGCACUUCAGCAUUCUUCUUAAGCAUGAUCACUCUGUUUCUCAGCAUUGUGGCUGCACAGGGACUAGGACUAGUGAUAGGAGCUAGUUUGAUGGAUGCCAAGAAAGCGACGACACUAGCAUCUGUGGUUGUUAUGACCUUCAUGUUGGCAGGAGGCUUCUUUGUACAGAAUGUACCAUCCUUCAUCUCAUGGAUUCGGUAUAUUUCAUUCAACUACCAUACUUACAGGCUACUUCUCAAGAUUCAAUACAGUUGUUCAGGAUCGAAUUCAUGCAAAUCAUUCUCUAUUAAAGGGAUUACUUUGGAUUCUGGUGGAAGAGAAGCUUGUGCCAUGAUUGCUAUGGUCUUCGGAUAUCGGUUCUUGGCAUAUAUUUCUCUUAGGAGAAUGAAACUCACAUCUGUAACUUAGAUUUAACUCUAUAUUCCGGGAACAAAUUUUCCCAUGCUAUGGGAUACACUAUGCUAUGAUUUGAGGUAUAAUAAAUUGGUUGAUCACUUUAAGCA